AUGUCAUUUUUAGCUUUUCGCCUCAGACCAGCCAUCGUUAUAAAUACUACCAGACGACGUUUAUUUGCCUCAAAAACAGUUGUUGUCGAUCGUCAAUUACCCAGUCCUCCUCCACCCUCUAGAAAGCGUUGGAUCUGGGCUGGUGCAGGUGUCGGUGCUGUCGUCUGGGCUGUUGGUCUCGGUGCAGCUUUAAACCACCAACGUUUGUCAAGCAGUGUCGUUCAUGGCACAUUAUUUACUGUAAAAUAUGACCCUCGUGUGAUUGCUCUCGUAGGAGACCGCGUGAACUAUGCUGAUAGCUGGCCUUGGAUUGGUGGAACUACGAACGAGCGCGUGUGCAUUUUGUAUCAAGACGAGUUGGCUACGAAUGGAGGACAGUAG